CGAAGAGCCUCGGUUGACGCCUAAUUGCAUCAGUCGAACACUGCCAUGUGGAAUACAACGUAUUAUUACUGACUUGACCUGUCUGAUUUGAUGUUGUAAGUAAACUGUAAAGCAGCAGAAUGUCCCAGCAUGCUCUACUCUCUGCCAGUUGUAAGGCAUGGCGGUCUCUGUCGUGUCCACGGUCAGAGCUUCGGCUGGAUCUCACUCUGGGAUGUGGUCAGACCUUCAGAUGGCGCGAGACCGCAGAUAGUCACUGGACCGGAGUAAUGCGUGGAAAAGUGUGGACACUAACACAAACAGAGGAUACUUUAUGGUACUAUGUUUACAGCCAUAAUAACAAUCCAGGACCAGAAAACAGACAGAAAGGAAAAGUGGAAGAGGAGGAGCAGUUGUUGGGGAAAAUGUCUAAAAGAACGACUUGUAUAAAGCAGGAAGACGAGGGGUUGUGCACAGUACUGUCAGAACCUGACAAAAAAGAGGAGGAACUUCUGAGGGACUAUUUCCAGCUAGAUGUUAAAUUAGGGGAUCUUUACAAGAACUGGAGCACCGUGGAUCCACACUUUAAACACACAGCAAACAUCUUCACAGGAGUGCGUUUGCUGCGACAAGAUCCUGUGGAGUGUCUUUUCUCAUUCAUCUGUAGCUCUAAUAAUCACAUCUCUCGGAUUCAGGGCAUGGUCGAAAGACUGUGUCAGACCCUCGGGACUCUCCUCUGCAAGCUUGAUGAUGUGGCCUAUCAUGAUUUUCCAUCUCUGCAAGAUCUUACAGACCCUUGUGUGGAGAUGCGUUUGCGUGACUUAGGAUUUGGCUACCGCGCACGUUUCCUGCAGCAGAGCUCACAGAUGAUCAUGAAUUCUCAUCACCCUGAUUGGCUACAGUCACUCCGCAGCACCCCCUACCUGCAGGCCAGAGAUGCGCUGAGAACUCUUCCUGGAGUUGGUCUGAAAGUGGCUGACUGUGUAUGUCUGAUGUCACUGGACAAGUUUGAGGCUCUUCCUGUGGAUACACACGUGUGGCAGAUUGCCAAACGUGACUACAACUUUGCUCCCGGUACCAGCCAGAAGACCUUGACUGAUAGAGUCUACAAGGAGAUUGGUGACUUCUAUAGAAAACUCUGGGGUCCUUAUGCAGGCUGGGCACAGUCUGUACUCUUCUGUGCUGAUCUAAAGAAGUUUCAGAAGCUGAAAGAAGAGGUAUUGAGUGAAGAUAAAACAGAACUGAAGAUAGAUGAGAGAAAACGUGACCGAUGUGCAGAAAAACAGAAAACACAAAAGAAAAAAAGCAAGAGGACUUAAGAUAAUGUGAUAAAGGGGAUAUAGUUCUUCAGUAAUCAACCUGGA